GCUUGUGGAGUGUAUUGUUCAAUUCCUUUGCGUGCAACAUUUUCUGCCGCGGCAUUGGUCACUUUUCUGACUACAUUUGUGUGUGUUUUAUAGAAAAAAUAAAACUCGGUAAUAAAUAUUGAGGUAGUAGUUAUAUUUCACUGUGGCAAAAGGAGACGAUUCACUCGGUCGUGGAGGUUACUUUUGAAACUUGUGUGCGGUGAUCGUUCGUUUAGUUCACUUCCUGGCCUGUCUGUACGUUCCAGCAAGUUGUGGCACUAAAUCAUCGUUGAUUGAAUCAAGUUCAAUUCAAUCUAGUGUUGUUGGAGGACCAGAAAAGACGAACAGGAGGCGAUAGUAUUCCACUACCGAAUUAGAAGCAAAGGAUUCCACCCGCAGAGGAAAGAUGAUGAGCAAAUUGGCAUUUCGGUUCGCUCCCCGGCUAGGGAAGUCGGCUUCUUCCGCGGCCGGUUCCCAGGUGAACACCUACUUCACGUACUCCAACCAAAUUUCACAGCCGCUGGAACGGAAACCCACCUACACCACGGCCGAGGAAGCGGUCAAAGUCAUCAAGUCAGGCAACACCGUGUUCGCCUCUGGCGCCGCGUCCACCCCUAUCCAUGUACUGAACGCGAUGACCUCCCAUGGCAAGGAGAACAACCUGCGUGACAUUACCGUGGUUCACAUGCAUACCGAAGGGCCAGCAUCCUACUGCGCUCCGGAGCUGAAGGAUAUUUUCCGCUCCAAGUCCACGUUCAUGGGUGGAAACGUGCGCGCAGCCGUUGCCGAGGGUCGUGGUGAUUCCAUUCCGAUCUUUCUGCACGAGAUCCCGAUCCUAUUCCGUCGCAAGCUGAUCCAACCGGACGUGGCUAUCGUCUCGGUCUCGCCCCCUGAUGAGCAUGGUUACGCUACCCUCGGUACCAGUGUCGAUUGUGUCCGUGCGGCGCUCGAAAAUUCCAAGGUCAUCAUCGCCCAAGUCAACAAGCAGAUGCCACGAACGUUCGGAGAUUCCAUAAUCCAUGAAUCGCAUUUUGACUUCGCGGUCAAUGUUGAUAUCCCACUGCCGGAGCACGGAGGCAAGGGUAUGAGUGACGUCGAGACGAAAAUCGGCAAACUUAUUGCCGAGAAUCUAGUCGAGGACGGCGCAACGCUGCAGAUGGGCAUUGGCAACAUUCCAGAUGCAGUUUUGAACGCAUUACACAAUCAUAAGGAUCUCGGAAUCCAUUCGGAGAUGUUCGCCGGAGGUGUUGUCGAUCUAGUCAAGAAGGGCUGCGUCACUAAUGAUAAGAAAACGUACCACCGAGGCCGCAUUGUCGGUUCCUUUUUGAUUGGAACGAAAAAGCUGUACGAUUUCGUUGACAACAAUCCAUUUAUCGAAAUGUUGGAGAUCAACUACGUUAACAACGUUGGAAUUGUUGCACGUAAUCCCAAGAUGACCGCUAUCAACUCUGCCAUCGAGGUAGAUCUGACCGGUCAGGUAUGUGCUGAUUCUAUCGGAACUCGCAUGUACUCCGGUUUCGGUGGACAGGUUGAUUUCAUUCGCGGUGCUGCCGAAGGAUUCGAUGGAAAGGGCAAACCGAUCAUAGCUCUGCCUUCUGUUACCAACAAGGGACAGAGUAAAAUUGUUCCAACCUUGAAACUCGGAGCCGGUGUCGUGACAUCUCGUGCUCACGUCCACUACGUUGUUACGGAGCACGGUAUUGCCAAUCUUUUCGGCAAAACACUACGUCAACGUGCGUACGAGCUGAUUCAGAUUGCCCAUCCGGAUCACCGUGAAGCAUUGGAAAAAGCUGCAUUUGAACGGCUGAAGACUAUGCCGUCGCCAAACUAAGCGACCUAAUUUAGUUAAUGCUUUGUUCCCCAUUGGAUGUUACAUUUUUUUAUGGUUUGACCAAAAUUGUUCAGAAAAAUUCUUGUUUUACUUCGUUCUAAGGCCAGAUAGUGGGUAAGCAAUGUCGAAGAGAAAAUUUUCAACAAAACCGCAGCAGAAAGCGUACUAAAUUCCCACAAACUAGCAGUUUCACUUUAAAUCAGUAGGACUAUUAUCAUAUAGCGGAAAACUGAAAUCAUGUGUUUCGUUGACGAACCACGUAAACGUACUAAACAAUAGUCACCUAAAAUUAGGCUAACGAAACUGAUCGCAUCAAGUGAACCAUCUAUCUCCGAAAUGUGCAUUGUGUAAUUUGUAAGGCCGGCAGCGAAACCUAACGGUAACGCUGCGCAAUAAUUAGCACAUGGUCACGCACCACUGUAUAAGAAGCCUUAAGCAGUAAAAGAAAAAAAUAAAUAAUUGCUAUUGUAUCACUAGUAUGCUCAA